AUGAAAGCGAUAAUUCUGAUUUCCUUCCUGGUCACCCUUUUUUUCAAUAAUGGUGUAGAUGGACAUACUUGCACAAAAGAAUUGUACAACAUGAAUUUCAAGGAUCUUUCAAUUACAUCCAUGGUUUUGGAACAUUCAACUACACGUAAAAUUUUAGGAAACUGGGUUCAUUUCUUUUUCAGUCAUUUUUCUAACCCUACUGAUGCAAUAAAAUAUGUAGAAGAUAUAAACUUAUACGCUUUAGAUAACAAAGACCAGACAUGUUUCGUGCGAGCCUUCACUAUAUAUUUAAUUCAAAACUAUGCUAAGGAUAUAAAAUCGAUGUCAAAUACAGACAAUUAUGAAACCUAUUUCAAAAAUUUAUUAAAAGAUGUGCAUCCAGAUUUCAGUAAAGAUUUUCUUUCUUUAUUCACGAGUGCAACGCUUUUGGGAUACAUUGAUGGUUUGGUACUUAAAGAACAGGAUAUUUCGAAUUUGAAGAAUGAUGUAAAUAUUUUUAAAAAGCAUAUUUCCAAAGCUGAUAGAAGAACACAUGCUACUUACAACACUAAUCCUAUUCCAGCGUUCGCUCCAUAUGAUAUCAGGACAUUUAGAAGAUCUUAUUUACCAAAAGAAGACCCUUCUAUUAGUGUAUCUGAAGUAUAUGCAGCACGUGAUAUAAACUUUUUGGCUUUUCUUGGUGUUUCCGAUAUGUACUACAAUUCUGAUAUAACACAGCCUGCCAGAGGUACUUCCAUCAUUAUUAGUAAAAGGAAAAGAUUAGGGUUAAAGAGACGUAGUAGUUCACUUCUUUUAUUGGGACCACAUAAUCAUAACCCUACUUUUGGCUUUUGUGUAAAAGAUGGAAAAGAAGAUUACUUUGGAUCUGUAGAUGAUUUGUUACCCUCCUUUUUUUCAGUUAUGAAAACGAAAAUGAUUUAUGGACACAAAAGAUUUCUAAGAGAAUUUGACUAUUCAUUAAUGCAUAAAACGUACAAAAUGCCAAACUUGAAAGGUUUACGACUUUUGAAAAGUUUUUUCAGGAGAAAGAACUUAGAAAACUUUGUAGACAUGUAUAGCAACCUCAUGUCCACAGAAUUGGAUUUCUUAACAGAAGAUUUCGCGGAACUGUUUGACAUUACUAUGAAUUGUCACAUGCGUGAACAUUUCGAUCGUGCAAUAGUUAACUUCCACAUGAUUAAGGAGAAAGGUAUGGAGUCAUAAACGUUCUUCUUUUUUUUUUUUUUUCUAUCUUCCCUCCGUUUAUCGUAUAGUGCUUUGUUAGCUUUUAGAUUUGUGCUUGCUUUGACUUGGCGAAUUUUUCGAACGCGCGCAGGUGUGUGCAUACGUAGGUGUGAAUGCAUCUGUGCGUGUUAAUGCGUACGUCCAUAUGCGCACGUGCGCUGCUUACCGUUUAGAAUAAUUUUCGAAGAACGGUGAAGCACGCACCAUUUGGCCGAACAUUUUUCAUGACCAAUUUGACAUGUGCUUUUUGAAAAUUUUUUAAAGGAGCAAAUUCGCGCAUUUUCAUUUGCCCUUCGUUUAUGUUCCCGCUUUAACAGGCUUUAAAAAUUUCAACACCAUAGUAAAUUUUUGAGUUUAGUCUGCACGUUUUUUUGUUGCUUUACUGCAUUAUAUUUUAGUUUAUUAGCGCUUAUUUUG